AUGGGCGCGCCAGCGGGAUUCGACACCUCGAAGGUUUGGUCCCCCGCGGGUGGAUGGUUCGCGGAUCCCAAGCACUGGAAGCGGAACACGGCGAUGGGGUUCGGGGUCCUGGCCGUCGCCUCCGCGAUGAUCUUCAACUACAGCCGCAAGCUGGAGCAGCGACCGCUGGCGCCCACCAGGCGGAUCCCGUCGCAGGCGUGGUGCAAAAACUUCCCCGAGGGGUCCCCAGCCAAGUGA